AUGGAGGAUGGUGAGAAACCCACGGGUAAUUCCCAUGGCAUUGCUGAUAUGGAUGUUGUUGAUGCGGCUUUGCAUGGCCAGCGUGUGGCAUCUUCCCCUACUCACAAUUCCCCUGCUCAGCUACAGCAGGAUCAAGUAAUGGUCGAACAGGGUGAUGAUAACAAAAACGGCGAUUCUGAUCCUAGUCUUGUGCCAGAGACCAGCGUAAUUAGCGAGAAUCAGUUUGAGCCUGAAGAUGCCAAGACCGUUUCGCACCAAGAACUGAUCACUCCAAAGCCUAAAGAAAAGAACAUUAGAGAAAUGAAGAAUGUGCUAAAUGAUACUGAGAUGACUGAUUAUGAUGAGUAUGGCACGCCUCUGGACCGAGAAACAUUUAUGAAAGAGCUUGAGAAUUUCUACAGGGAACGGUCCUUGGAAUUUAAGCCUCCUAAGUUUUAUGGAGAGCCACUAAAUUGCCUUAAGUUGUGGAGAGCUGUUAUCAGACUUGGUGGCUAUGAUGUGGUAACUGGAUCCAAGUUGUGGCGACAAGUAGGAGAGUCUUUCAACCCCCCAAAGACAUGCACUACAGUCUCAUGGACAUUUAGAAUCUUUUAUGAGAAGGCACUUUUGGAGUACGAAAAGCAUAAGAGAGAGACUGGGGAGCUACAGCUCCCUGUUGGAUCAUUCCAUCAAUCUUCAAAUGUGGAAAAAGAGACUGCUGUUUACCAAGCUCCAGGCUCAGGUAGGGCACGAAGGGAUGCCGCAGCCCGGGCAAUGCAAGGUUGGCAUGCUCAACGCCUUCUUGGAUAUGGUGAGGUUGCUGAGCCAGUUAUUAAGAGGACGCCAGCUGGUAUGGAACAUACUGAGAAAGCUGCAAAUAUUGAAGGAGAUAGGCAGUUAAGUUACUGGUUUUGUCAGCCAAAAGACAGCAGACAAACUGAAGAAGAGAAUAUGCCCUGGGAGAUCCUUUUGGCAUUUUCUCGAUGUCAAUUGGUCACAGCAGUGGUGGACAUUGGACCCCCAGCUGACUGGGUGAAGAUCAAUGUGCGAGAAACUAAGGAUUGUUUUGAGGUAUAUGCCCUAGUUCCUGGGCUACUUCGUGAGGAGGUGCGAGUCCAAUCAGAUCCAGUUGGACGUCUCGUUAUAACUGGUCUACCAGAACACAUUGACAAUCCAUGGGGAAUUACCCCCUUCAAAAAGGUAGUGAACUUACCUGCAAGAAUUGACCCGCUUCAGACAUCCGCUGUUGUUAGUUUGCAUGGUCGACUAUUUGUACGGGUUCCUUUUGAGCAGGGAGCUGUGUGA